AGUGCUGGCCCUGUGACUCCUCCUGAUGCCGCCGUGACACAACUAGAGGAUAAGUUGGUGAAGGAAUUACAACUGAACAAGGCCAUGUCAAAGCUGUCAAUGGAUCCAACGAAUAACUCGACGCCCACAGAGUUCAUCCCACUAAGACCUUCACACGGUACCAAGGGCAAAGAAGUUGUCCUUUACGCCAACUACUUCAAGUUGGCCGUGAAGUCGUUGACGCUGUACAAAUAUACUCUCAAGGUCGCGAAGAUCCCUAAACAGGCAAUGAAAUCAGAUGCCAAGAUCCCCGAGGCCAAGGGUCGGAAGUUAAACAGAGUCGUGGCCCUAGCACUUGAACAAGUUGGAAACGCAAUUCCUGUUGUCUCGGAGUACAAAAGUCAAGCCGUUUCUUUAGAGCCUCUCGACCUUCCGAAAGACGGAACCGUUCAAGUCCCUUACAGCGAUGAGGGUCGCGAUGACACCUAUAAGGUGACUUUCCAAGGCCCUACGGAGAUCAGAGUCGGCGACCUUACGACUUUCUUGACAACUAUGCAAGGCUCGUCAUCAACUUUCCCUCUCUUUGAAGAUGUUAUUGAUGCGGUCGGAGUUGUCCUUGGACAUUACCCACGUGCUCAUAACGGCACUGCUUCUCUCGGGAGUGGUCGUCAUUUCCCACUGAAUCUCACGGGUGAGGUCCAGGCCCUUGGCCGCCCUGGCUUCAACACUAUUAUACGUGGAUACUUUUCUAGUGUACGUCCGGCGACAGGUCGCCUUCUUCUCAACACCAAUGUCUCACAUGGUGUGUUUCGGUUCUCCGGACCUAUCGUCGACCUUAUGCGGCAGUGUCAACUUGGUACUGACGAUGACGUGUGGAAGUUUAACCGCACUAUCUCACGUCUCCGUGUUAAGGUUCAAGUACUUUCGGAGAAAGGUGUUCCUGGAUCCAAGCCCCUUAGUAAGGGCAAAGCUAGCGCCUCCAAGCCUCCAGGUGUCGCUCGAAUCAAGGAGUCUGUCAUCAGUGGCCUUGCUGACCCUAGGGAUGGAGGCAAGGAGGAGAAACCCAAGGUGAAACGUUUUGGAGCUCGUCCUAACGAGGUUUUGUUCGUCAUCAAGGCUCCCGCACCUUCUGGUUUCCAGGCGGGAGAGGAAUACACCGUUGCCCAGUACUUCCAAAUACGAUAUGGCCGACAAGUCGAUCUCAAUCUUCCUCUAGUCAAUACUGGUACCAAGCUCAAACCAGUCUACACCCCUGCUGAGUUAGUCGAGGUCAUCCCUGGUCAGGCUCUCCGCCGCAAGACAACGCCGGAUGAGACUCGAGAAAUGAUCGAGUUCUCUUGCCGCUCGCCUUUUGCAAAUGCAACCUCUCUCGUCCAAACUGGCCGCAAAUGCCUUGGUCUUGACGAGAAUCCCAUCCUGGCAAAGUUUGGUGUCACUGUCGACAGGAAUCUUCUUACAGUCAAAGGACGAGAGCUCCCGCCACCCCAAGUAAUAUAUGCGAGUCUCAAGAAUCCUAGACAGUUGCAAAAGCCGUCUGUCACUGAAGGCUCGUGGAACAUGCGUGACGUGAAAGUCAUCAAAGCUGGAAAGUCGAUCCAGGCUUUCAGGUGGAUCUACAUCAACACUGAAUUUCGGUCGAAUCCUCCUCCUCAGGAUGUGCAGGGUGCAAUGAGUGGAAUGUUCAACUUCUGGAGAAACAUGGGUAUCGCGAUUGGCAAUCCUCAAAACAAAGACGGCGAAUCGAUCCAUAUUCCAAGAGGAGCUUCGGCUAUCAAGUGCAUCGAAUCGGCCUUUGCUAAGUACCAGGUUCACCCACAGUUCCUCUUUGUUGUGCUUCCUGACACAGGCACGGAGAUCUACAAUGCUUUGAAGACUCUUGCCGACACCAAAUAUGGAUAUCAUACUGUGGCCAUGGUGAAAAACAAGCUGGUCAAGGAGAAGGGUCAGGUCCAAUACUUCGCUAAUGUUGGUCUGAAGGUAAAUCUCAAGGCCGGCGGCAUCAACCACAAGGUCGAAGGUGGGGUAACAUUGGUGAGAGAAGGCAAGACUAUGGUUGUUGGUUAUGAUGUCACUCAUCCUACAAAUAUGUCUGGUGACUCUGAAAAUGUGCCUAGCAUGGUCGGUAUGGUUUCGAGCAUUGAGCCUGAGUUGGCACAAUGGCCCAGCACAGCAUGGACCCAAGAUGGUCGCGUCGAGAUGCUUAGUGCAACGCUAGAGGCCAAGUUUGAAGAAAGGAUCCGCUUGUGGUUGAAGCACAAUCCUGGACGCCCAUUAGAGAAUAUUGUCAUUUACCGCGAUGGUGUAUCCGAAAGCCAGUUUAUGCAGGUGUUGGACAAGGAGCUUCCGUACAUUCGUGCAGCCUGUCGGAAGCUCUGCAAACAGCAGCCUAAGAUCGCCCUGAUUGUCUCUGUAAAGCGGCAUCAGACCCGCUUCUAUCCCACUGAUGCGAACAAUAUGACGAGCUCUCGAAACAUCAAGAACGGAACUGUCGUUGAUCGUGGUGUCACUUUGGCCAGAGUCUGGGACUUCUUCUUAACAGCUCACACUGCACUUCAGGGCACUGCCCGUCCUGCCCACUACACUGUUCUCCUCGACGAAGUCUUCCGCAGCACAUUCAAAUUAGAGGCUGCAAACACCUUGGAAAAGAUCACACAUGAUAUGUGUUAUCUCUUUGGCAGAGCUACAAAGGCUGUCAGUAUUUGUCCUCCAGCAUACUACGCAGAUAUCGUUUGCACCCGGCAGCGCGUGCAUAUGAAUGAGUUCUUCGAGGGCUCAGACAAUGCAUCCACAAUCUCCGAUGCCGCCAAGACUCAGAUUAAGUCGCGGACUGUUCACGAGAAUUUAAAAGACAACAUGUACUAUAUCUGAUUUGUAUAUUGUCAGCCGAUAAUCGUAUCCUUACACCACUAUUCAGGGACUCGGUGUAAACCACUCACAACUCUGAGGUAGCGCAUCCCGUUUCCGAACUACAUCUCAGACUUUCCAUUCUAGCAGUCAAGGGCAUCUUGAUUUUACUAUGGACCGACGCUCAGGUUGGCCCCAGAUUUCACUUGCCUACUGCUUAAAGCUUGGUCAUGGAAGAUCUUCUUUUAUGGCCUUGCCAUUUUAAGCAGUAACAUGGCGCAGCUGAACGUGGCUACGGCAGUCUAGACAUUAUG